AUAGCGACGCCUUCUUUGGCCACGCCCCUUUGUGAACGUCUCAGGGCGUAACAGAUUCUAUUUAGCACAGAAGCAAAACGUGAGUUGAAGCUCCAUGAGAGGAACGUGAGGUAAAAGGUUCAUUGUCUUAUUUCUGCUGUCAAAUGACGUUGGAAGCAUUUUAUUUCCAAGAAGAAUAGAAAAGGACGUCGCUGGUUGGGUUCCACAUCUUUUCUUUGUCUUUGAACCGUUCUGACUUGUUGAUGAGCAGGACUUCCUGCCGCUGAGCUGAAGUGUGAUCCGUGAGCCAGCGGAGGGUUAACUUCCCCUCCUCCACGAAAACCUGUUUCCUCUCAGACGUUCUGCCCCGAGGCGUCGUGGGCUUUUGCUCCGCCUCUGAAAAGAAGCUUCUGGAUCGUCUGGAUCUUUUGGAUCUUCUGGAUCUUUUGGAUCUUCUGGAUCUGGGUCGGUCCCCACCAUGCUGGUCUCCGGCCUCCUCUGCAGGGUCAGUCUCUGUAGACCUGCGAGACUCCGGAUCCUCACCGUGAGUUCAACUUGUUUCAACAUCUGCUGCGUUUCAGAGGCUGGAGACAUUUUAACCCUCGGCUCCUUUAGUCGCUUCAAAGUUCUGUUAAUGUGUCAAUCAAUCAACAGUAAAAGAAUAAAAACAUUCAACCAAUUCAUACAACCGUGUCAGGAAGUACUGCUGACUGUGUACUUUUACUACUAAUAGAAUGCUCCUGUGCAGUACUCUAUACUACAGUACAAGUUCUACCAGUAAAAGUACUGCUAGUAGAGUUAUACUGCUAAUAGUACUGCUUCUGCUGGUGGGGACAAACCGUCAGAUUAAGGGACACGUUUGUUGGAACAAGUCUCCAGGUGCAGAAUGCAAGUCAAUGGCAGGUCUCUGGGACAGAAGGGCGUUGGCUCUGGUUCUGGUGGAAUGAACGUCUGUUCCUCUCCCAGAGCGGGCCGCUGUGUUCUGCUCCGCCGUGGUCGGGUUCUGUGGGUUCCAGGCUGAGCACGCAGCCCAGAUCCAAAGGUCCUGCAGGACCAUCAAUGUGGACCCAAUAAUACAAAUGAAGAGGCUUAUGGGACCAGAGUCCAGACGGCAGGUGGGUAAGGGGACGGAACCGGGCCGGAUUAACGGGGUCCGACCGGAGGGGGAGGAGACCAGGUGACAGGUGCUUUUGUCCGUUACAGCCUGGGCCGCCCCGUCCUCUCUGUGCGGCUUCCUGCCGGCGAGCAGAGUCGUUUCACGCUGACGCCCAUGUUGACCACAGUCGGCGACCUGCUGGCUGAGAUCAGCGCCAAGGACCCGACGGUGCACAGCGCCGCCCUGCUCAACGGAGCUGGACAGAGAAUAUCUUCAUGCACCUUCAUGGAAACGGUUCUAAGUGAAGAUUUCCAGCUGCUCAUCAACGGCUUCGCGCACAGCGUUCACUCGCUGGGACAAGGUCUGUCUCACGAGCGCGUGCUGGGCCUGGAGGACAUGAAGUACGUGGUCCGCCUGCUCCACUCGGCCGUGACUCGUCCUCAGCAGCAGCGCGUCAAACACGCCGAGCUGCUGCUGAGACAAGAGACGCUCAGAGAGCAGCUGCAGCCGCUCGAGACGGCGCGAGAGAAGAUGGCGCAGGAGGCGGAGCAUAGAGCAUCACUACUGGGCUGGGCGGGGCUUUCGUACCUGUCCCUGCAGGGAGGCUUCCUGGGUUACCUCACCUGGUACGUGUUUGCGUGGGACGUCAUGGAACCGGUCACCUUCUUCAUCAGCUGCACCACCAGCAUGUUCUUCUUCGCCUACUACGUCCUCACCAAACAGGUGGGAACCCAGAGAGGUCCCCUCUUUGUCCACUGUCCCACGCAGUCAAAGGUCCCCUCUUUGUCCUCUGUCCCACGCAGUCAAAGGUCCCCUCUUUGUCCUCUGUCCCCACGCAGUCAAAGGUCCCCUCUUUGUCCUCUGUCCCACGCAGUCAAAGGUCCCCUCUUUGUCCACUGUCCCCACGCAGUCAAAGGUCCCCUCUUUGUCCACUGUCCCACGCAGUCAAAGGUCCCCUCUUUGUCCUCUGUCCCACGCAGUCAAAGGUCCCCUCUUUGUCCUCUGUCCCCACGCAGUCAAAGGUCCCCUCUUUGUCCUCUGUCCCACGCAGUCAAAGGUCCCCUCUUUGUCCUCUGUCCCCCAAAAGGUCGCAGCACGCUAAGAGAACCCAUCAACUCUUCAUUUUGUCAAAGUUCUACAGGAGUGUUUUAUGUGACUGAGGGUCGUCAUGACGACACAUGAGUCAAUGCUGCAUUUUCUGAUUAUAUAUUGCUGUGUGUGUGUGUGUG